GAGUGUAAAAUAUACAUUCUCUAAUUUGAGUUACUUAGUUGAAUGAUUGAAUAGUUUUUAAAACUUAUUUGAUAAUAACUCGGCAGCAUAUGCAAAAUAUAAACAGACCUGGCAUUCCUAUCGGUUGUCAUGUAGUUUGACAUAUUAGAAGAUUUUUAUCCUAAUAAGGAAAUCACCGAAAACAAUUUUAAAAAUAUUCGAAAACAAGACGUGCCGUGUGUGAAAAUUUGGAAACUUUUACACAUUUUCAAAAUGGAUAAGGCUACAGGAAGGAGCAAGAAAGAGGCCAAAGAUGAGAAACAAAAGGAUCAAAAGAUUGAAGAACAGAUCAUGAAAAUGUUGGAGGAAGAAGCAGCUGGCACAACGCCGGACGAAAAAUUUGCGAUUCUACUUCGAAAGCACGUAGAAAGUGAAAGAGCGUCUAGAAAGUUGCGACAGGAGAUGAAAGUGCAGGAAAAGCAGUUGGAGACGGUGUUGCGAGAAAAGGAAAAUUUACAACGUGAAUACAAUAAAAGUGUAUUGAUGCGUGACAAAUUGCAGGAAGUUUGCCGCGAGCAGCAGAAGCUAAUAAAGUCUGUGAAAAAUGAGAGCAUACAGAAAAUUCGGGAAGAGGAAGAAAGACGCAAGGAAAGCCAAUCGAAAUUCCAAACAUCGUUGAAUGAGAUCACACAAUCUCUAACUAAAAACAAUGAAGAGAAUUUGAAAUUGCGAGACCACAAUUUGGAAAUGACCAAAAAAUUAAAAAUGUUGGCAGAACAAUAUCAUAUGCGUGAACAACAGUUGGAGAAAUUAAAUGAACAAGUACAGUUGGAGUCACAAUUACAUCAGGCCAAAUUGAACAAGGUGCAAGUUGAAGCAGCUAUGGAAAAAGAAAUCUUACUAAAAGAAAAGCAAAUUGCGUUGGAAAAGUUUGUGCAUUCACAAAAAUUGCUGAAAGAAUUGACAGAACGUGAGGCGGCACUUAAGGAGCAGCUAACGUUGUACACAGCUAAAUAUGAUGAUUUCCAAAGUUCAUUACAGAAAUCCAAUGAUAUAUUCGCGACAUACAAAGUUGAACUGGAACGGAUGGCUAAGAACACACGUAAAUUAGAAAAGGAAACACUUGAGUGGAAAAGUAAAUGGGAAAAGAGUAAUGCGAUACUUAUUGAAUUGGCUACAGAGAAAAAAGAGCGUGAUGAACAUGCUGCGCGUUGCAGCAAACAGGUGGACCAGCUACAAAAAUUAUUGCGCGCAUUACAAAAUGAACGUUCACACCUGUAUAAGGUGUUGCGUGAUAAUAACAUUGAAUGUCCCGCCAUGCCGCAACUCCCACCAGAACCUGAGCCCAUGCAAAUACAGGCAUCCGCAACGUCGAGUGGUGGUGCAGCAGACAAAGAUAAAAUGGAGAUAAUGUCGCGAAAUUGUGCCGAAUUAAAGCAAACCCUCGCCAAUCUUCAAAGCCAAAUGAAGUUUUUGAAUGUCAAUUCCGGUGUGAACUCAGACGCUAGUGCUAAAGCAGUGCAAUCGGUUGUUAAACAGCAACAUUCGGAGGAUACGAGUAAGAAACGUCAACGCAAAAAACAAAAAUCGAAAAACAAUAAGAACGGCAAGGAAUCCUCACCCGCUCCCGAUACGGAGCUGCUAAAUGGCACUACAAAUGCAACCACAAAUAAUAUUCAAACAGAAAACGAUGUUAGCAAUUUGCACUUGGGUGAAGCCGAAUCCAUUGACACAUUAAUUGCAAUAUCGACAGGAGUAGAGUCUAGUGCUGACAUUACAGCUGUUGCAAAUGAGCUAGCAACACCAGUGUCUCCUGAAGUUGCUGCAAAGGCAGCAGAAUUGUCUGUUGCAGAUAUAACUGAUGCUGCUGUGGCAACCGUCGCAGAAUUGGUGAAUGGUGCCGUCAGUGCGCCGACAAUUGAGUCACCGCAACAGCAAGUGCGACAACAAUUAGACGUACCAGUGCCAAAUUAGUGCUGCCACUUUCAUUACUUUUUAUUAUAUUCAUACAUUGCGUCGUCUAAGUUGAUGGCAUACACCUAACCACAUGAUCUACCCUUCACAUUUUUAUCUUAUUUGUCAAAUUAUUUGUGUAUACGCACUUAUGCGUUAAAUUAACUUUUUCUGUUAUUUUAUCACAGCGCAAAAUUUGAGAAAUUUUUAAAUAAAGUCCUGGCCUUGGUUUCAUAAUAUCUGAA